AUUCCCAAAGAGAGACUCCGUAGUAUAAAAACCAAAUAAAUAUAUCAUAUAUCUUUUGUUAGGGUUUGUUUCAAAGUAGGUAGGUUGGUUUUGUUUGUUUCUGAUAGACAGAAAAUGGUGGGAUUAGAGAGAUUACCAGAAGAGUGCAUAGCCCAUGUUCUUUCCCUAACCUCCCCUAAAGAUGCUUGCCGAUCAGCCUUGGUCUCCUCUGCGUUUGGAUCCGCCGCUCAAUCCCAAGUUGUUUGGGAGCGUUUUUUACCCUCAGACCACCGUGACAUCAUCUCCCGAUCCGUUUCUCCUGUCACCUUUUCCUCUAACAAGGAACUCUACUUCCGUCUCUGCGAUUCUCCCAUCUUCCUCGACGAUGGUAAUCUGAGUUUUGCAAUAGAUAAAUUGAGUGGCAAAAAAUGUUUGAUGCUGGGAGCCAGACGUUUACUCAUAGCCUGGGGAGACACUCCAAUUUACUGGGAGUGGAUUUCUGUGCCUCACUCCAGAUUUGCCGAGGUGGCUUAUCUGCACUCUGUUUGUUGGCUUGAGAUUUAUGGUAGAUUGGAGAUGCGAUCCCUGUCUCCAAACACAGCUUAUGCUGGAUACUUGGUUUACAUGUUCUCCGAAGAAGCCACUAAUUACGCAGGAACUGGACAGAAUUAUUAUGAAACUUUUCCGGUCAAGCUUUCAGUUAAGUUCUUUGAGAAUGAUGAAAAUUUGAUUGAAGCUCGUGACGAAGAUGUUGCAGAGUUGUUGAUAUCAACAAGAAUGCCUGCUGCUGCUGCAUCAUCUAUGAAUAGUAGUGUUGAAAAGCGACAACGCUUUCCGAUGGAGAGAGACGAUGGCUGGAUGGAGAUUGAGAUAGGAGAGUUUUAUUCUGGCCAAAGUGAUGAUGACUAUUGCUUGGUGGAGAUGGGUGUCAAGGAGAUCGAAUCAGGGAGUUGGAAGUUUGGGCUUGUUAUCCAUGACAUAGAGAUUCGGCCUAUCCAACCGAAACCCAAUUAAAACAAAUUUGGUGAUACUAUCUUGAUUCUCUAUCUUAUUAUGUGGAGUGAUUCUUUGCAAUUGAUUCAAGAGUGACAAUCAGGAAAGGAUUAAUCUUUUGGAUCCCCCUAUUCAAGAUGUGAGUUAUCUACUUGUCUAAUUUCAGAACAUUUGAGUCCCAUAUAUAAGUGGCGCCAUUAGCUCAAUCUUCUCUGUUCCUAGGCUGUGAUCUUUCUUGGUCAGCAAAAGCGCUCCUGAUCGAGUUUAGUUCGGAUGAUUGUAAUUUACCUUAAUCAAUCGAUCUCUAUCAACAAAAGAAAAUUUAUUAAGUAAGUCAAAUAUUUCUGCUGAUCUAGGCAGGCCUUCAAGUAAUUUCAUCAAC